UUUGGCCGGCGCGGUCCGAGGCGCUCGGGGCCCUGUUCGAAGGGCCGCGGCCCGGUACGAAAUGGCGGAGAGCGACAAGCCGGCGCUUGUGGCCGCCGCGCCUCAGCGCGCAGCCCAGGAGCCCGCCGCCGGCCACCCGCAGCAGCAGCCGCCGCAGCAGCCGCCGCCAGCGCAACAACCGCCGCAGGAGGAGGAGGCGGCGGCGGCCCAAAGCGGCGGGGGCAGCGCUAAUGGCGUUAAAAUGGAUAAUGAUGAGACAAUAAAAGAAGAGAAAGCACCUGUGAAAGAGAAGCAUACUGCAAAACCGAAGGCAAUCCCUUCUCUUGGAAACAAAAAUAGAUUCCACCCCUAUUCAAAGGACAAGAAUGCAGGCACUGGAGAGAAGAAGGCUAUUAAUCGUAAUAGAGUUUUUAUUAGCAACAUCCCAUAUGACAUGAAAUGGCAAGCUAUUAAAGAUCUUAUGAGAGAGAAAGUUGGUGAGGUUACAUACGUGGAGCUGUUUAAGGAUGCUGAAGGAAAAUCAAGGGGUUGUGGUGUGGUUGAAUUCAAAGAUGAAGAAUUUGUUAAGAAAGCACUAGAAACUAUGAACAAAUAUGAUCUUAGUGGAAGACCCCUGAAUAUUAAAGAGGAUCCUGAAGGUGAUCAUGCUCGUAGAGCAUUACAGCGUGGGGGAGGACAGUUUCCAGGAGGACAUGGACCUGAUGUAGCGCCUGGAAUAAUGAAUUUACCACCUUCUAUUCUCAAUAAUCCAAACAUUCCUCCUGAGGUUAUCAGUAACUUGCAGGCAGGCAGGCUUGGGUCCACUAUUUUUGUUGCUAAUCUUGACUUCAAAGUUGGCUGGAAGAAGCUGAAGGAGGUAUUCAGCAUUGCUGGAACUGUAAAGCGUGCUGACAUUAAGGAAGAUAAAGAUGGCAAGAGUAGAGGAAUGGGAACAGUUACCUUUGAACAAGCAAUUGAAGCUGUUCAAGCAAUAUCUAUGUUCAAUGGACAGUUCCUGUUUGAUAGACCUAUGCAUGUAAAAAUGGAUGACAAAUCAGUUCCUCAUGAAGAUUUCCGUGCUGCAGACAGCAAAAGUUCACAAUUGCCUCGUGGUCUUGGUGGCAUUGGUAUGGGACUUGGACCAGGUGGACAGCCCAUCAGUGCAACGCAGUUGAGCAUGGGUGGUGGAAUGGGGGGCAUGGGUCCAGGAGGUAUUGGAAUAGAUGGUCCAGGAUUUGGUGGAAUGAAUAGAAUGGGAGGCGGACUUGCUGGAUUUCGUGGAAUGGAAGGAAUGCCUAAUAUGGGAGGAUUUGGAGUCAACCGAAUGGGAGAAAUGUUCCGUGGUGGAAUGGGAGGAAACAUGGACAGAGAUUUCGGCCGUGGUGACAUGCCACUGAACCGUGGUUUUGGAGAUUCUUUUGGAAGGAUGGGUGGUGCAAUGAUCGGUGUUUUUGCAGGAGGAAUGGGAGCGCCUGGCAUGGGCCCAGUAAGAUCUGGAAUGAGUGGUGGAAUGGGUGGUAUGAACAGCAUGGCUGGAGGAAUGGGAAUGGGGGUGGAUCGGAUGAGUUCUGGUUUUGAACGAAUGGGACCAGCCAUGGGUGGAGGCCUGGACAGGAACAUCGAUAUCGAUCGAGGAUUUUUGCCUGGCCCAAUGGGAGGUGGCAUGAGAGAGAGAUUAGGCUCUAAAGGCAACCAGAUAUUUGUGAGAAAUCUUCCUUUUGACUUGACCUGGCAGAAGUUAAAGGAGAAAUUCAGUCAGUGUGGUCAUGUAAUGUUUGCAGAAAUAAAAAUGGAGAAUGGAAAAUCAAAGGGCUGUGGAACAGUGAGAUUUGACUCACCAGAAUCUGCUGAAAAGGCCUGUAGGAUAAUGAACGGCAUUAAAAUCAGUGGCAGAGAAAUUGAUGUACGCUUGGAUCGCAAUGCAUAAUUUAAAACUGUGUGUUCAGGAACAUUCCUAUGUCUGUUUAGCUUCUCUAUCCUAGUAAGUCAUUUUUAGUAACAUUGUAUGCUUACAAAAGCUGUAAAAAGGAACUUUUAAAUCCCACCAGCCUUUAACAGUAUAGUGUUUAAUAUACUGUGAUACUUGUUAACCGAAUCUUACUAUGUUUGGUUUUUAAAGACAAUUUGCCUGAUUUUUGUUGUUUUUUUAGAGGCACUGAGUACCUGCAGGUCCCCGAGACCAUGGAAGCUUUGGAUGCUCAGCGCCUUUGGAAAAUUAGGCCAAGUGUCUCUAGUCAUUCAGUUUAAAUGAAUGGUUAUACUGUUUUUAAUAAAAUAAGCCAUUUUCUCUGUUAAUCUCAAGAUUGCAUAGUGGCAUUUGUUCAGUGUUUUCUGAUUUCUAUUUUUUUUCCCAAUAUGUAUCAACAUUGUAAUGUAAAAACUAGAUGGGUUUUUUUUUUUUUUUCAGAGUUUUGGUUUUAUAUGUGCAUUGUAGUCAUACUGUAAUUCUUGACUCUAAAAGAAAGGGCUCCAAUUAGGCUGUGAUGUUUUUGUUCUACCUGGUAGUACUUUAAUGACAUGACUUAGUUCUGUAAAUAAGAUUUAGAGCCCACUGGGAGUUUUGAUUUCUUUUAUUUUGACUAAAUGAAGAAACUGGACCUUCUCUG